GGAAAGGAUGUGACUCGAGCCUCUCUCUCGCGUGCCUCAUCGGCCCUUCACUCGGUACGCGGUUUGUUUGUGUCCCUCCUGCCUUUUACCGUCGAAAUGGAGCUCGGUGGAAACUAGCAGGCGUGUCCCCCUUCGACUUCUCGUCCCUACCAUUGGAGAAUGAUCCACCGGCAGGUUAUUUUAUCCCAGGUUUUGGUCUGCUUUGGGUUGACUGGUCAUUAUGCUGAUGCAGCUCUGUAGUAUCAAGAACUUGUACCAGAAUCGGUUCCUAGGCCUGGCGGCCAUGGCCUCCCCGACCCGCAGCAGCCAGACCCGCCAGCGCUGUAAGGAUGCGGUUCGCCACAGCUAUGGCCCGGACACCUAUGCUGUCAAUGGUCUAAACCAGGAGGCCUUUAUGCUGGGACUGUCACGGUCCACCAGUGACACUGAUCUGGUCUCCCCAGACGCUCGCUCCACCCUCACCAUCAGCUCCUCCCACUACAGCAUAGGCCAGUCUGAAGACUUGGUGAUCACAUGGGACAUCAAGGAGGAAGUGGAUGCUGGAGACUGGAUCGGAAUGUAUCUUGUUGAUGAGGCUUUAUCAGAGAACUUUCUGGACUAUAAGAACCGAGGCAUCAACGGAUCUCACAAAGGACAGAUCGUUUGGAAAAUUGACUCCAGCUCCCACUUCAGUGACUUGGAAACCCAGGUCUGCUUCAGGUACUACCACGGUGUCACCGGAGCACUGAGGGCAACCACACCCAGCGUGACCAUCAAGAAAGGCUCUGCUCCUGUAUUAAAGCCAGUGGUCAGUCCUGAAGUCAACCAUGGACUGGGCAACAGGAGACUCAUUAACUUCUCUCUGUCAGACCUCCAAGCAGUUGGUUUGAAGAAGGGUAUGUUUUUCAAUCCCGACCCCUACCUGAAGCUCUCCAUCCAGCCUGGAAAGCACAGCAUCUUCCCUUCACUGCCACACCACGGCCAGGAGAAACGCUCCAGAGUGGUCUGCAACACGGUCAACCCACAAUGGAGCACAGAGAGGUUUAACUUUGUGUCUCUGCCCACCGACGUCCUUGAGAUCGAGGUGAAGGAUAAGUUUGCCAAGAGUCGGCCAAUCAUCAAGCGCUUCCUGGGGAAGCUCUCUGUCCCAGUCCAAAGGCUGCUGGAAAAACAUGCCAUCGGGGAUCGAGUAGUGAGUUACUCGCUGGGUCGCAGGUUGCCGACAGAUCACGUCUGUGGCCAGCUGCAGUUCCGCUUUGAGUUGACCUCUUCCAUUCACCCAGAUGAUGAGGAGGUCUCUCUGGUUAUAGAGGCAGCAUGUCCUGAGGGGGAAACUGCAGCAAAUGGCAACCACGUUGCUGAUGCGCCUGAUGAUGACACACUAAGCGUGGGACCUGACAUGCCUGACCUCCCCCUGGAUGCCCCCCCUGACCCCGAGACCUCUGCGCCACCGGCCUCCACAGCGGAAGCCUCCAUGGCGGAAGCCUCCAUGGCGGAAGCCUCCGCAGUGGAAGGCCCCGCACCGGAGGAGGUCCAACCUGCAGAGAAGGAGGAGGCUGAGGCAAUGCCAGAGGCGGAUCAAGGAACUGUGAUGGAGGAGGAGAGCACAGUGAGGGAGGAGCCCCCGUCGACAGAGCCCCGGGUGGAGCAGGAGGAGGCUGAACAGCAGGAGGGGAACAGUGGAACGGAGGGAGAGGAGGGAGGAAGGGAGGAGAGGCAGCAGGUGGAAGAAGAGGAGGAGCAGAGAGCAGAGUGUGCACCACAAGCUGAGGAGGAGGUGACAGUAGAAGAAAAAGAGAUUGGGGAGGAAACGCAGCCAAAGCCAGACUCUGACAAUCCUGUAUCAGCAAACAAUGAGGUUGCUACUGUGGAGGCCCCCACGGAGGGAAACAUCACAUCCCAGGAGGCCCCUGUAGAGCCACCCGUGGGGGCCCCCCAGGAGGUGACGGAGGCAGGAGAAAGAAGUUGCGGCCCCUGCACCUGCCAAUCAAUCUUCUCAAACUACAACUCCCAAGCCCCCUUACGCCGCAAAAACCGCCCCUGUUCCCUUCCAGUGUCAGAGCUGGAGACGGUAAUCGCUUCGGCCUGCGGUGAACCGGAGACGCCCCGAUCCCACUACAUCCGGAUCCACCACCUCCUCCACAGCCUGCCGUCGGCCCAACACAGAGCUCCCAGCCAGGAGGACGAGGAGGAGACCGGGGAGGGAGAGAACACAACUAUCACUCAAGAUACCACAUCCACAUCACCAACACUUAAAACCUCCAAAGAGGAGGAGGGGCAAGAGGAUGAGGACGAGGAAGAUACAACCCAGUCUCCCUCUCAGGUCCCAGAGUGUCCAGGCCCCUGCUGCCGUCGCUCCCUACCCCGCAGCCUCUCCAUUGAACGCCUCUCGGAGCUGAACCAGCUCCUGGAAGGUGAGAGAGUAGGAGGAGGACACUCAGUCAGGAGGAUCUCCCCCUCCUGCCUGGAGAGCGAGGAGGGGGAUUCCAGUAAUGGAGGAGGUAGGAGACAUGGCGGGAGCACUCACAGACCUCCAGGUGAGAACGAGUGUGAGUUUUGCGACACCUCCUGCUACAGCACCUCCUGCUACAGCACGUCAUGCUACAGCACGUCAUGCUACAGCAACUCGGGCUACGAAGGGAGGAACCGCUUCUGCAGCCACACCCGCCUCUCCUCGGUGGACAGCAACAGACUCUCUGGCAGCACAGUGUUCUCCUCGCAGGAUGAAGAAGAAGAUGAGGAGAGCGCCUUUGAGUCGGUACCUGAUGCCGGCCAGACCCCGGAGGGCCAGGAGGUGGGCGGGGCAGGAGGAGAGAGAAGGACAGGGAGGUGGAAGGAAGCCAGGAGAGGAGAGCAUGGGGAGCCGGCUGUGGCGGGGCCCAGCGAUAGGAACAGCUUCGGCUCAGACUUCUCCCCUCCUGCUGGCCAUCUUCCAGUCCUGCGACCCAGCCAUGACCUAAACCAUUUUCCUGCUGCCACUGACCAAGCCUUACCUCCAAACUGGGAAGCUCGUAUUGACAGCCACGGCAGAGUCUUCUAUGUGGACCAUGUCAACCGGACCACAACCUGGCAGAGGCCGAGCCACAGCGGGAAGUGUAACCACGGGAUCCCCCGCUCAGGAUCCACCCAGCAGAUGGAACAACUCAACAGGAGGUACCAGAACAUCCAGAGGACCAUGGCCACAGAGGAGGAUGGUGGGAGUCAGAGGUUAGAGCGGAGCGGCAGUACAGAGACUGAUUCGGAUGCUCCACAGACAGGCCCCGCCUCCCCUGUCAAUCACCAGAAGAUCAGCCAUCUCCUCCAAUCACCUGCUGUCAAGUUCAUCACACACCCAGAAUUCUUCACAGUGUUGCACAGUAACUAUGCCGCCUACCGGAUGUUCACCAGCAGCAGCUGCGUGAAACACAUGAUCCUGAAGGUGCGUCGCGAUGCCAGGAACUUUGAGCGCUACCAACAUAACCGGGACCUGGUGGUUUUCCUCAACAAGUUUGCAGACACUCAGCUGGAGCUGCCACGAGGCUGGGAGAUCAAGACUGACCCCCAGGGCAAGUCUUUCUUUGUGGACCACAACAGUCGAGCCACCACCUUCAUUGACCCUCGCAUUCCUCUGCAGAACGGCCGGCUGCCCGGCCACCUUGCCCACAGGCAACAUCUGCAGAGACUACGCAGCUACAGCGCUGGGGAGGCGUCUGAUGUGUCCAGGAGUCGUGGAGCCUCUCUGAUGGCCCGGCCUGGAAACAGCCUGGUAGCCGCCAUACGAAGCCAGCAUCACGCUGCUGACUCACAACAGCUGACCGCCCCGUCUUACAAUGACAAGAUAGUGGCGUUCCUUCGACAGCCCAACAUAUUUGACAUGUUGCAGGAGCGACAGCCCAGCCUAAGCAGGAACCACGCACUGAGGGAGAAAAUCCACUACAUUCGGACCGAAGGGACUCAGGGGGUGGAGAAGCUGUCGUGUGACGCAGACCUAGUCAUCCUGUUAAGUUUAUAUGAAGAGGAAAUCAUGUCGUAUGUCCCGCCCCACCCCAUCCACCCCGGCUUCAGCUUCUCUCCCCGCUGCUCCCCCGCCUCCUCACCACAGAACUCUCCUGGCCUGCAGAGGGCCAGGGCUCCAGCUCCUUACCGCAGAGACUUUGAAGCCAAACUAAGAAACUUCUACAGGAAGUUAGAAGCCAAGGGGUAUGGCCAGGGACCAGGCAAGAUCAAGUUGCUGAUCAGGAGAGAACACUUGCUGGAGGGAACCUUUAACCAGGUGAUGGCGUACUCGCGCAAAGAGCUGCAGAGGAACAAACUCUACGUCACUUUCCUAGGAGAGGAGGGAUUGGACUACAGUGGUCCGUCCAGAGAGUUCUUCUUCCUCUUGUCUCAGGAGUUGUUCAAUCCAUACUAUGGUCUGUUUGAAUACUCGGCUAACGAUACAUACACCGUUCAAAUCAGCCCCAUGUCGGCGUUUGUUGAGAACCAUCUGGAAUGGUUCCGUUUCAGUGGUCGUAUCCUGGGUCUGGCUCUAAUCCAUCAGUACCUGCUGGAUGCUUUCUUCACUAGACCGUUCUACAAGGCCCUGCUCCGACAGCCGACAGACCUGUCUGAUCUGGAAUAUCUGGACGAGGAGUUCCACCAGUCUCUGCAGUGGAUGAAAGACAACGACAUCACUGACAUCCUGGACCUCACCUUCACUGUCAAUGAGGAGGUCUUCGGCCAGGUGACGGAGCGGGAGCUAAAGUCAGGCGGCUCCCACCUCCAGGUGACUGAGAAGAACAAGAAGGAUUAUAUAGAGCGAAUGGCCAAGUGGAGGGUGGAGAGAGGAGUGGUGCAGCAGACAGAGGCGCUGGUCAGAGGCUUCUACGAGGUGGUAGACUCCAGGCUGGUGUCUGUGUUCGACGCACGGGAGCUAGAGCUGGUUAUCGCCGGUACGGUAGAGAUCGACCUCAGCGACUGGAGGAGCAACACGGAGUACAGAGGAGGUUACCAUGAUGGUCACAUAGUGAUGCGGUGGUUCUGGGCCGCUGUGGAGCGCUUCAACAAUGAGCAGCGUCUCCGCCUGCUGCAGUUUGUCACCGGGACAUCCAGCGUGCCCUACGAAGGCUUCGCCGCACUGCGGGGAUCCAACGGCCUACGCCGCUUCUGCAUUGAGAAGUGGGGCAAAGUCACAUCACUACCCAGGGCUCAUACUUGUUUUAACCGUCUGGACCUGCCACCGUACCCCUCAUACACCAUGCUGUAUGAGAAACUGUUGAUCGCGGUGGAGGAAACCAGUACAUUUGGCCUGGAGUGAGACAGACAACAGACAAAUCCACACUGCAUCCCUCUCUGUGUAACACUGGCUGGGCUACAAUGCGAAAAACAAGCAGCUAUUGUGGGCUCAAUAUGUCGUAAAGAUACCUGGAUUGUACUCGACAAAGUUUUUGGUCAUAUGGAUAUAUGUACGUCACUGUUAUGGUACUUUGUGUUAGAGUCUCUCACUUAGCUAUGAGGAUCUUUAUGACAGCACCACGGCAGGACUACUGUUAUUUUUAUAUUAAUCACUGAGACUGGAGAAUAUGGAACACUACAACAGCGUUUUUUAAAAAUAUUUCUAUAUAUAUGCAUACAAAUGGUAUGUAAAAAUUGAAUCAAAAUCAUUUAAAGUUGCAUGUAGCAAAAUGCAUAAUCCAUCCAAUGAUUAAAAUACUUACAGUAACAGAAAAGGCUAACAAAAACUAUCAGCAACAAGUAAAGUAAAAUUAUAGCUACACAACAGCACCCAAAACAAGAACUUUACAUAAAAUGUAAGACACUAUUAUGACAUCUAAAUACUUAAUUUAUCUUUAAAUUGAUACCGGGUUGAAAUGUUGAGUUCACAGAAAAGAUUUAAGUGAUAAAGUAGUAAAUGACAAAACCUGCAUAUACUGCAAAAACAGAGAGAAACAAACCAUGCAAACAGUGCACACACAAACAUGACAAAGCUUAACAUUUCCCAUUUGUCACACAUCAAAUUAAUUGUUGUCUACACAAGAAAAACAAUAAAACAUUUGAUUAAACGUGACAGAUUUGCAGCAUACAACACAUUUGGACAUCUUUUCUGUGAAUUCAAUCUCAAUGCUAAUGACGUGUGCAAAUUCUGGCACACAAAUUCUCAGGUGGUUUGCUGCUCUUAUAAAUUCUGAUAAAUAUGUAAUCUAUGUGGCUUUAAAGAAGCAGUUCGAAGUAUAAUGCAGAUUUUAAAAAAGCUCAUCAGAUGGAUGCAAAAGUCUGGUAGCCCUGAUGCCAAAGGAACAAUCGUGUAUGAUUUUUAAUCUGGGGAGCCUACGAGGAUCAUUAUGUAUUUGAUCUGGACUGUGGUGGGCCAGUAAGAACCAGCCUGAGGAUCUGAGACUGGGAUCUGGUACAUAAAGAAUUAAUGAAAUGCGAUGUAGCUUGGUGUCUGGACCAGCCAUUUCAAGGCCUGAAGGGGGAACAGUAGAACCUUGAAAUCCAAUCUAAAAUAUAACUAAUGUAAAGAAUUAUAUGGAUCUUGUGUGUCAGUCAGAGCUGUAGCUGCAGCACAUUAGCAAUUUUGAGAAGAGACAUAAAUAUGCAGAGCAGCAAAAGUCUAAGCUACAGGAGAGGGUUGAUUAACGAUUGAUUACUUUGUCAAGACCACUUAGCAUCUGUGUGAGUCGAAUAAAUCAUGGCAAAUGAUUGUAAUUAAGGAAUCCUGCAUGUUGCAAGGUGAUUAAGAAAGGAGGCUAGGCUAUUGGUAUCACUGUGUUUUAAUGACAGCAGCUAGAUGUGAAGGCAAAGAAUAUAUUUGCAGACAAUUUAUUGAGAAGCCUGCACGUUUAUAAGAAAUUAGAGCCCAAAUCUGACCCUUGAGCAACUGGUGAUGGUUUCGAAUGCUCUUCUGGGAAAACAGGAGCUGGACCACUGAAGGUAUACGCCACUGUCAGUAAUAGUUAAGCCAUCCAUGCACAUUCUCUUGUUAUGCUCUCAGUUAACUAUAGCAAUGAAGUUUCUUUUUCCAGCAAUGUCAAUAACUUGAAAGCCAAUACUGUUCAAAUCUUCAAUAGGCUCCACAGCAAUGAGCAGAGACAUGAGAGAAGUGCUAAAGGUCUUUCAGGAAUUAGAGAAUUUGCUUGGAAAUAGAAAUGGUCUGGCAUACUGAAACUGGAUACGGUAAUAUAGGAAUACUUCAUAAACAACUUUGGUCUGAUUCAGAUGCAGUACACUGACAGCAAAUCCAGGUGAAGGGUGUAAUAUGCCCCGUUAAAUAGGAGGGUCUAAUGAGCAGUUACAGAAUCAACAAUUUCUACAAUACUUUAUCCAUGUCUGACACUCAACACGUAUUGGUAUGGUCUGGGAAGGCUGAGAUCUGGACAGCUUCCCAUUCUUUAGCUCAGUCCAAAGUGAGGACAGCAGCUGGGAAUAGACCUUUGACGUUCUCCUCUGAAUGGACAGCAGUGUUACUGACUCCAGCAGUCUCUCUCCAGCUUUCUUGCUCUGCAAUGCUUUCAAAAGCGGAGACAAUGAUGUCACAUCUCCACGAUCAAAGAAGCCAUCAAUUCCAACACAAGGGCUUCUGGGAUUCCCUCUGUGGAGACUGGUUGUGAUCAUGUCGACCAAGCAAACUGGUAGUUCUUGAUUCCUUGACAACAGAGAAUGCGCAUGUGGACAUUGUGUUUCCUGCUGGCUAAAGGGGACAUUCUGUGAACCCCGUUGGCCAGAGUGGUGCUUCACCUCUCAGCAUCUCUGGUCCUGCUGUUUGAAUGGUAGCUGCUUGUAGUCUUAUUCAAGUCCUCCACUGAUGAACUUCUUCUCUGUGACUGCGUACCAUCACCAUGGUGUUGCUCUUUGCACGGAGCAGGUACUCCAGUAUCUGAACCUUUACCAUCUCAAACAACAUGACUGAAGUAACGCAUGUAGGGCUCCAAUGGCCUGGGAUCCUUGCAUCGGCUGCCUGAACUGAUCAGCCCCUUCUGGUAUAAACUAAUCAUAUGUACUGGGGCCCUUGGACAAACCAGUGUAAUAUAUGCAAUAGUUAAGACCUUUACUCCAAUCUGUUCCACAGUCUACCAUGUUCUUUCAGAUGAUGACCGACUGCAGUGUACCCUCAGCAACCCAAAGCCCCUUGUCUACAUCUCUAGUCCAGUAAUGAAACUGUGCCUCAGUUACUGACUGCCUCAUUUGUGGCCUGUGGGGUCGUUGCGCUUAGCGGUUAGCACUGCCUGACUUAAGGACAGUCCUGAGCGCAGAUUUUUGCUUUGGUUCUUUAUGAAAACAGUUUGCAUGUUGUGUCAGUGUUUGUGUGGGUUCCGCUAACACUCCAAACACAAGUCGUGUUAUUGGAGAAUCUGAUGCCCCAUUUACACAUAGCCACCUAAUGCGUCUUGGACAGAGAAUUAUCUCAUAUCAAAAAGUAUAAGUAAGUAUAAGCCAAGUGUAAAUGCAACCAAGAAGCAUUAAAGCUGGAUUGAAGUCCACCAUUUUAGCCAAAUGUUGAAAAGGUAAAAAAGCGCUCAUAGCCACAUAGACCUUUACUCCUCUAAAAAUGUAACUGCAGGGUUUGUCAUUGUUGAAUGAUCUUUAUUGUUCAGGUUUAACUCCACUAAUUUCACACAUCAAAGACCGUUUACAGGCGUUGAGGAGUACGACUACAUGUGUGAAAUAAGUUGUAUAAAGUCUUUAGUGUCUCCAGGGUAAGCUGUGUGAAGUCAUUAGCCAUUACUAGCAUAACACACCAGAAUCCCAGACUGAACUGUCAGCUGUCAAGAUGCAUUAUGGGUAUUGUAGGAAAAAGGAAAGGAAAUUUGGAAAUUUUGAUUUUGACACCUUUUUUUAAACUCCCCACUAAUAACUAGUUAUAAGAGUGCAGUACUAAAUUGAUGUUAAUUUGUAUCUAGACAUCACAGCAAAAGAAAUGGCAUUGAUGACAUGUAUGUGCUGCUCAAUAUCCCUAAGACUUACAAGUCCAUAUUAGAUGAUCUAGUACCUCACAAUUUACGCCCAGGGCCAACAUGCAGUGCCCUUUAUGUAGAGAGCCGGAAAGUAGGGUUUCCUUCAAUUAAUGUUCACUUUAACCCCAGUCUUUCCCUAACAUUUACCAAUUUCUUUGGUUGCCUCGCCCUAGCUAACCACACCUUAGCCAUGUUUGCCAUGAUGACAGUCUACCCCUACCCGUAAACAUACCAUAGUUUCCAUGAGAUGAUAUUGUACCAUGAGAAUUGCUUUAAUUGUUGGCAUUGGAUGUAAAUAACAUUGUCACUCUGGGGUCUCACAGAAUGGCGUUAAGAUAUAAUACCCUUGCAAGUGUAAAUAGAGAUGUUCUGAGACCAUUUUUUCAUUCCCGAAUUGGUUGGUACCAAGUACCAGUCUGUCUUUUAAAAUAGCAAAAAUACAGGCUUACCAGUAUAUGCAUAAUAUUAAUUAUAAUUAUAUAUCAUAUAUGUAUGGCCUGGCUCAGGUAAACCCUGUAAACCUGUAAAUGUCAGAGACUUGGCUACCCUGGGGGGGAAAUGAUGACCUGGACACUGCUGGGAAGUAACACGGUCCCAUUUCAGGUAUCAGAUCAAUGCACAGACACAAACAGGCAACAAUAUCAGGUUUUAGGCGGAAGAAUUUCUGAUACUGGAUUUUCAGCAACUCUAAGUGUAAAUGGGGCCUCAGUUACAGAAAAAUAGUUGCCUGUUAGCCCUGAGAGAGACUGGCAACCUGUACAGCGCCCUUCCCUGUCAUUCACCCAUGGCAUGCUGGGAUAGGCUCCAGCCCCCAACCCACUGACGCUGAGUAGGACCCAGCUCGGUAAGAACAGAUAGAUGCAGAGUGUUUUACACAGGUCAGACAUGUUUGACCACAGCUUAACUUUGACCCUCAUUAACCAUAAGCAGCCUGUGGGAUGAUCUGAUAGUAUUUUCUUAAGCAACAGUUGAAUACACAGGUUCACUUUUUUAUCAUUUUCAUUGGAACAACUGAGAUGAACAUCUCUAAUGAUAUGUGAUAUCACCUUAAUGGUGCUUUAUUUGCGUGCUGGCUACAGAAAUGAUCACAGUGGGCUAACGGGGCACUACAGAAGCAACAGGAAUACAGGAUAUCCUUGUCAGUAAAUUUAGGAUUGAGUUAGAUUAGAAUCAGAUGUGUCUCUCUCUCCUGAUAAAGUCACUACUGGCAGUCGGAUCAGUAGUACUGCACUCAUCAUUGGCAGUGGUGAGGCCUUAUCCACUCAUCUGUACAACCAAGAGGACAAGGCUGUGAUUAUGUUGCAUCUUUUUUUCUACAAUCUUUUGUACUGUUAUUUAUACUGUAUUGUAUUUAUAAGUAAAGGGAAGUCCUGAAGCUUUCCUUGAAUGUUUUGUUUGUUUGCAGUUUUUUGAUGUUGUGAUAAGAAGCAUCAGAGUUUGCCUUCACUUUUGAAGCCUUUGCGUUUUGAUAUGUAUGUACAUCUUUUCUAAUAUCCAUAAGCUAGCUGGUUCUCUGUUGCUCAGUGCAGGAAAUGUGCUACCGUGGUGUCUGUUUCUGUUUCCAUUCAGCUCACAGUAUUUCUCUUUAUCUGUUCACUGCUUCCUGUGGUGGCCUCAUCAUCGUUUUAUUAUUGACCCUUCCUAAGUCCCGCCCCUUUUUGCUCCAAUAACCGAGACUGAAGACAGUAACAAUGGUUGGAAGGAGAGCAGGGCAACUGAGCCAGGUAAUGAAGUCCAUGUAAGUGAUACAAGAUAUAACCGUAGUAAGAAAUCUUUUAGCUGCUCUCAGUGUGGCAGCAGAUUUGGUUUGAGGAUAAUUCUGAAAAUACACCAGAGUUCAUACCAGAGAGAACUCUCAAGCCUCGCUCGGCCUCGCUCAGAACGUCAGUCAGCUUUCUUCCUGUACCUAGCUGAAAGACAACCAAAAUGAAGAUGGUUAAAAGAUCAGUGAGAUAGCCUACAUCUUAGGUUAGCUAAUGUCAGCAAAACGUUAACUAUUUAUGUAAAUUAGCUAGCUAGUUACCCAGCGUUUUGCAUACAUUAGCUUUCAGAUGUAACUAGCUAGCUAACGACUCAUGUAGAUUAGUGAGCUAGUGUUUUUCUCUGUAGCAAAACGGCUAGCUAAUGAUUUAUGUAGAACAGCUGGCUAGUUACAUCUGCUAGCAAGUAUUUUACUAACAUUAGCUAAUGUAAGAUGCAUAGCAUAUCUAGUGCAGUACAGGAAUGGAGAAAGGUGUCUGAGGUUCUGACCGAGGCUUGCUCAACUGUUAUUGGAGCGCAGAGCAAAAGGGGGCGGGACCUCAGAUGGGUCAAUUGAGUUUUUGUGAAGUUUUUAUUUUAUUAUUUUCAUGUCAUACAUUUCAGAGCCGUAUGUAUCCUGCUAGUAAUCCGUGCUUUGGGCAACAAAUGGCAUGCAUACAAAUGAGAGAUUUUUGUAUGUGAUUUGUUGAAAGUGUGAAGACAGUGUAAGGAAGUCUUGUUUUAUUGGGCUGAUACAUUGUAGAUGUUAAACACUGAUAUUUAUUCUGGAAAAAGAAUGGUUAAGAAUACUCCCAUAACACUGAUAUGUAAGUGCAUCGAUAGCAGCUAUUAUAGAAAUAUUUACGUAAGGGUUUGGAUAAAUAAAAUCAUGGGUUGUCUGCAGAAAGGUAUGGUGGUGGCAAAUUGUAGCAGCUGUUUUGUAUUUGUGUCUUUUCAAGCUUUUUGUUUAUUUUCAUUUAAAAGGGAAUUUAGCAGAGGGUGUGAAUGACUGGGUGGAGCUUUGCUGGGAGGUGACACUGAAGCAUGCAUAUUUUUUGUUUUGUUCCUAGUUUUUUGUGUGUAGAUUAUUAUACACGUAAUGUUGAGAGGUACAGUUUCGAUUUGUCUGAGAACGGGUUGCUUAAUACUCAGGCUGUGCUACCGCUCCACCACACAAUACAAAUGUUUAUGAAUCUCAAUAAAAUGGUCACUUUGUUA